AUGGGCACCCGAGUGGCGUGGGUGGCGCUGGCGGCGGCGCUGGCGGCGGCGGCGGUGGGCGGCGGGGCCAUGCCCGCGCCGCGCCUCGCGUGCGCCCUCCCCGGCUGCGAGCAGCUCGAGCCGCCGCCGGACGGCGAGGGCAACGGCCUGGGCGCCGGCGCGUGGCCGCUGGGCCCGGAGCCCGUCGACAUCCCCCUCGGCCGCCCCGACGAGGUACCCACACCAAAGCCACUUGGCACAGCUAUUCAUGAAAUGAAUGUUCCCGGAGAACCUUUAACACCAGAGGAUUAUGCCAACGCGGAAAAAAUAGGAGUAUAUGAACGUAGUGUUAUUGCUGCAUCCUUCUUGGAAUUCCAUCGGCUUUCUUGCAUUCGGUUUGUACCUCGGACAUCUCAGUUGGACUACAUAUAUUUACAAAAAGGAGUAGGUUGUAGCAGUCAUGUGGGUCGAAGUGGUUCUGGCCAACCCAUUUCUUUGGCUCCUGGAUGUGUUUACAAAGGAAUUGUAAUUCAUGAGCUACUGCAUGCCCUUGGGUUUUGGCAUGAACAGAGUCGGGGUGAUCGGGAUGAUUAUGUAACAGUUUUGUGGCACAACAUUCAACGAGGAAUGGAACAUAAUUUUCAGAAAUUUAGUUGGAAUGUAAUGCAGACAUUAGGAAUGCCUUAUGAUACAGGAUCAGUCAUGCAUUAUGGAAUGUAUUCAUUCUCUAGAGACCGUCGUUCUCCUACCAUUGUUCCGAGAAAACCUGGCAUUCAGGUUCUUGGCCAGCGAAGAGGAUUUAGUAAGCCAGACUUAUUGAAACUGAAUAAGUUAUAUGAGUGUCAAGGCCGGGAUCCUAGCCUGCCUUCUCCAACUCCAGUCAGACCUCCUUCUAAGCCACACAUAUGCUCAGACAACAGUCAUUUAUGCCGCUACUGGGCUAAUAUUGGAGAAUGUCAGAAGAAUCCAACAUGGAUGCGAGUAAAUUGUCCGGUAUCUUGUAAAGAAUGUGGAACUUGUUCUAACUACAAUAAACUUUGUGUUCCUUGGGCUGAGCGAGGUGAAUGUAUCAAAAAUCCAUCGUAUAUGACUAUUUAUUGUGCAGAAGCAUGUCGGUCUUGUAAAACAAGCUCUACUGAAACUUCAGACUGCAUUAAUCAGAAUAAAUACUGUGAAGCCUGGGCAAGAGAUGGACAGUGUCAAAUUAAUCCUUCCUACAUGCUGAAAUUUUGCAAGAAAUCAUGCAAAGAAUGUUGAAAAUGUGUUUUGAGGGUAUGUCCUCACAGUAUGAUCAAAUAAAACUGGUCAUACAGAGACAUACUCUAUGAAAUAGACAUACCUAAUGAAACAAAACGAAUUAUUAAAAUUAUAAUUUUAAUUGGAAUUUCAUUAUAAAAUACUUUUAAUGUUGAUCUUCAGGUAUUUUUCCUACAAUGCAGGACAAUAUAAAGCAAGGCCAAGAGAGUAAAGUAGAUAUAAGUGCGAGACCAAGGAGUGAAUAGAUAGGAAUAAUAAUAAAAUAGUCUAAUAGAUUGUGAAAAAGAAAGACUAGAGCAACAGUGUAUCUCAAUAAAAGUAAUAAAUUUGAUUAGAUUUCAUAUUUUUUCACAUAAACACUUAACAAAAAUGCGUUGGGAUUUGCAUGAUGCAUCUUUAUGCAAAUCUUGGACAAUGCCAUGUGGAUCUCCUAUAUAAUAAACAAUGAUAAUAAAUAAACAUCCACGCAAUGUGGAAUUUUAAGCUAGUUAAUGCCAUGCUAAAAUAGGUAUAGUAAACGGCAUUGAUGUGUAAAACAAAUUUGUCUUACAGACCAGUCAUAAAGUUCUCCUUUGAGAACUCAAAAUUUAACAUUCUGAUAGUUUUGGUUCUGGGUCUUGCUUGAUUCUUUCAAAAAAUAUUAAUAUUGAAUAAAUAUAACAUUUCUUACAAGAAGGCUGUAAAAGAAUUUAACCUUUUUAUUGAGAAGAUGUUUGCUACUGGGCUAAGAACAAUAAAUAAAUGAUAUAUAUAUAUAUAU